AUGCAGUAUAGUCCCCUGUUUUUAGGCUCACCGCUCCUCUCUGCAUGCUUUACCCUCUCCGUCUCCGCCCCGUUUCCUCCCCGUUUCCUCCCCAUCUCCUCCCCGUCUCCUCCCCAUCUCCUCCCCAUCUCCUCCCCAUCUCCUCCCAUCUCCCCUCCAUCUCCUUCCCAACCAACUCCUCCCAAUCCCCUCUCCAUGGCCGUCCCUGUCCCCAUCGCCCUCCCGAUCUCCACGUGGACGCCGCGCUGUGCUCCUCAACUCAACUCUCGUGUUUGUCGCCUCUGUGCUCGGCUGGGCUCGGCUCGGCUGUGGGACGACACCGCUCGUCAGAACAUCGACCACAAUGUGCCCGGAGGCAAGCUGAACCGUGGGCUGUCAGUGGUGGACACGGUGGGGAUUCUCAAGGGCGGCUUCGAUAAGCUAUCGGAAGAUGAGGUCUUCAAAGCCAGUGCUGUCGGCUGGUGCAUCGAAUGGCUGCAGGCCUACUUCCUGGUGGUCGAUGACAUCAUGGAUAGUUCAAUCACCCGCCGAGGCCAGCCGUGCUGGUACCGCAUGGACAAGGUGGGGAUGAUCGCCAUCAAUGAUGGCGUGCUGCUCAACUCACACAUCUUCCUCAUCCUGCGCCGCCACUUCUCCUCCCAUCCCGCCUACACCCGCCUGCUUGACCUGUUUAAUGAGGUGACAUACCAGACAGCGUGUGGGCAGAUGCUGGACCUCAUCACCACUCCCGAAGGGGAGGUGGAUCUCAACAAAUACACCAUGUCCACCUACCUAAAGAUUGUGCAGUACAAGACGGCAUACUACUCCUUCUACCUCCCUGUGGCAACGGCGUUGAUCCUGGCAGGAGUGGAGGACGCAGCACUGGCAGCACAGGGGAGGGAGAUCCUGGUGGUGAUGGGGACGUACUUCCAGGUGCAGGACGACGUGCUCGACUGCUACGGUGACCCCGCUGUUAUAGGGAAGGUGGGCACGGACAUAGAGGACACCAAGUGCUCGUGGCUUGUGGUGCAGGCGCUGCAGCGGGCCACACAGGAGCAGCGGCAGAUCAUUGAGAGCAACUACGGCAAGAAGGACGAGAAGUGUGUGGCGGUGAUAAAGCAGCUGUACACGGAGAUGAAGCUGCAGGAUGCAUUCGCAGAGUACGAGAAGGAGAGCCACGCGAGCAUCACAGCCGCCAUCGCCCAAGUGGAGAGCGAACCCUUGAGG